AUGCCAAAGUGCCCGAAUUGUAACAAGGAAGUGUACUUUGGUAAGUUGUCUAUAAUCCGCCCGUCCGAGUUGUGUAUUUUGACUGGGUCUUCCCUUUACUUUGAUCGAUUUUACCGUCGUUUGCAUUUUGAGCCAUGCAAGCAUAAGUGAUUUUAGUUUCGCGCGGGUUAAUAGGGUAAUUGGCAUGGCUUUCUUUGGCUUUCACUGUGUGCUUACAUGAGGUGUGACUUUGCCCUCAACGAACACAGUCUUUUGAAGAAUUUUUCGUACUUUAGCUUCUGCAUAAAACCCUUACAUUGACGUGCUAAUGAAAUCAGUAUACAACCGUACUAACUUUGCGAUAUUAGCCACUAGUGCUAAGUUUCCGUUAAACGAAAUCCAAAAUUGCUGGCCUUUACAGAUCUUAACCAGUGUGAGCUGGUGAGAAAAAAAGGUUGUUUUUCUCUAGAAAAAGCCAGAGGAAGCCAUGUAAAUUAUGCAUAAUUUUACUGUUUAUACCUAUUUCAGCCGAGAGGGUGUCUUCACUGGGCAAAGACUGGCAUCGUCCUUGUCUGAGAUGUGAGAAAUGCAAAAAAACCCUCUCCGCUGGGGGUCACGCAGAGGUAUUGAGUGUAGCAAUAAAAUCUAGUUUAUACACUUUUUACAGUUGUAAUUUAGAGUAAUCAUCUUAAAACGUGAUUUCCAUCCAAGGUGAUAGUGGCAUUUGAGGAAUUAUUAUUAUUAUUGUCAAUUAAAUGUAAUUAAAUACCCGGGAGACAUGCAUCCACGAAAGUCUAAAGAAUUUAAAAAUUGACUGAAGUUUUAUAAUAAAUAUCAAAGGCAACGAACCCCUGAAUGAUACCUUUUGUAUUUUACUAUUAUCAUUUAUCUUAUACUGUUCAUAGUCCUCUGGCCAUUUUUCCCUAAGAUCGUUUUGAAAGAUCCAUUUUUGAGCGACCAUCUUGGACCGGUCGGUUGAGAAAAAGACCUAAAAACAACCAGCGUGAAUAAAGUUUAUGAGACUAUUUUAAACGAGCGACCAUCUUGGUUUUAAAUGUACUGAGGCUCGAGCCCUCUGACGCCCUGAAUUAUCUUUUUCCCAGCAACAGGGCUAAAGAACAGAUAUUUUGAGGAACAGAUCCAUUGGGUGCCCCUGCCCAGGGGCUUAUGGCGGUGGGAGAAGGAAAGCAAGUUGCAGAGAUGCUGUGACAGUCCCUCUAUUUUUCUUGCUUUCUCCCAAACCAUACCCCUCUUAUCUAACCAAUAUUUGGGUAGAGGUGAGCUGCUGAUGAGGGUUUGAAGCCCUGAUUGUUUAGGACAAAAACAAACUAAAAUACAUAGUACCCUGUUUAGGAAAACACCCGCAAUUUUAAUACACUGUUUAGGAAAAGUGCCUAAAUGAACGCUUUCUUGUUUUAAAAUCAUUUAUUGACAGUUGCAAUUUAAAAAAUUCGCGUUAUAGUCAUUGCUUUUGCAUAUUGGAGAAAAAACAAAUUUCAUCAAACAAAUCAACUCAAUAGCGACUGGCAUGAAAUUAUAUACCCUGUUUAGGACGGAGAUGACAAAAACCAUGCCCCGUUCAGAGGCACAUUCCCGUAAAGGCCAUGCAAUAAGGGAGUAACGCCUCCCCCUCCCCCCCCCUCCCCUCAGAGGAAAAUAGUUACUGUGAAAUAGUCUACAUCUGUCAUGAGAAGAAAAAAGACUCGCCUGUGAACAAGGACAGCGAACUCUUACUGGGGGGUGGAGAGGGACGAGAACAUGCAACAACGUGUGAGGAACUUUAGUUUUUGUUUUGUAAAAAAAGAGUUGAUCAUCUUGGUCGUUUCCUUCUGUCUUCAAACAGAAACGCUGCUAAAAGUGGAAGGGGAAACGUAUACACGAUUCGUUAAUGUUACAUAUGAACAUGAAUAUUGUAAAAAAAUGGAGAAAAAAUACCCCUUUUAAGUGAAAACGAAAAAGUGUGUGCAGGGCCUUCAACCUCGUCCCCGGAGUCUUCUUGCUUUAGAGUCUGGCCGAGAGGUCCCUGAGGACGAGGUCUCGGAGCCUCAUAUCUGGUGUCGAUCUCCCACCAUGGAACCUUUGUUAAGAUCCAUUUCUUUUAUUUUAGCAUAAUGGCAGGCCGUAUUGCCAUAACCCGUGUUACUCUGCGCUCUUUGGACCUGGAGGUUUUGGCCGUGGGGGAGCAGAAUCCCACAAAUAUUAGCGAGUAAGUGUUUUUAAACUACAGUCGAACCCCCCUAUUUCGAAGUCCCAAGGGAAAUGGAAAAAAAGUUCGAAAUAGCGGGGCUUCGAAAUAACCGGGGAAGCGUAAAGGGGAAGGGUAAAUCCAAGGGCAUUCGAUCUUUCUUCGAAAUAGCGGGGACUUCGAAUUAACCUAGUUCGAAAUAGCGAGGUUCGACUGUGCUACAUGACAAAUUUCUGCAAUUUGAUUGGCUUAGAGCAGUGGUAUUUCAGCUUAAUUUGAAAUACCUACAUGUCAAAAAUAACAAAACAAAACUUUUGCGGCUAGUAGUAUAAACAAAUAAUAGCAUGAUUUAUACGUGAUAUUUGGCGUAAAUACCACUCGUGAUAUUUCAAAAUUGUCUCAAAUUUCACUCGCCUAACGGUUCGUGAACACUGGUGAAAUUACGUAUAACAAUUUCGCAAUAUCACUCGUGGUAUUUAUGCCAAAUAUCACUACAAAUCAUGCUAUUACCUAUACUAAUUACACCUGUGACUAGACUAUGUUAUUAUCAGUACGAACUAUAGAUCAUUACAGUCUAGGACCGGGUAGCAUGGAGCAAACAACUUAAAGUUAUUAAAAGUGGAAAAUUUCUGUAUAGCCAUUUUCAUUGUCUCUUUGAUUCGAAAGCGGAUUUACCAGUAUCACCACAAGUGCCCAAGAAAAUCCUUCGGGAUACCGAGAAAAGGUUGCAAAAAUUCCACUUAUUCUAAAAGUGCGCUUCUUUACUAACAGCCUGUCCACAGAAGCUGUUACGUUUCGUUUCUUUUUCCCGACCAGUCUUGAUAGCGCGGGAGGGCGAGCUUGGAGUUUCAGCACAGGAAAAACUACUUUCUCAUGUACCCCCAUUCGUCAUCCCCAGGCGUAAGCGGUCAAUAACCCCCCGCCCCCGCGGUUUUUUAUCCUAGUACGUUCGAUCGACGAUCUUUAAAGAGAAAAUGGAGGGUCUGUGAACAGGCUACGUAACAUAAGACUUGCGCCCUGCCUCGUCCCUAGUCGCUCGCGAUCGUUUAUUUUGAGAAUUUUUAGUUAAUUAACAACUAAGUAGGCGGAGACAAAUAAAGUGAGAAAUAGGAAAGAAAUUGAAAAGAGGGUGUUUUUCCCCCACUCAGUCUGCGUUCGUUCUUAUCAUCCUCCACUCACGCUUCACGCUAGUCUGCGGCACAUUUUAUCCGGCAACCCGUUCGCCCGUACUGCGCAUACUGGCUUGUUUUCCGACCGCUGGUCAAAGGGAACGUACGAAGACGCUUGGGAGCCAGGGUUCAGCCUUGGGAAAGACUCUUGAGGAGGCAUUCUUGAGCCAAAAUUCCUCCACCUUCGUUACGACGAUCGAAAGAAACAUAUCAGUAAUGUUAGUGCGAGCAGUUGAAAAACGUAACGGGCUUCGUAUGACACAGAGAAAUCGCAGUGAAAUCGUGAAACCCUCGAGGUCAAUCGUUACGGCAUGAUCAUUCGAUGUGUGUGAACGACUUGUUCUGUUCUGUUCAAAACAUGUGCCGUUGCUGUUCAUAACUGAAUAGAUAUUUUGAAAGUUUGUCUUCAGAACGUCUACAGUUGAAAUAAAGAAUUUUAUGGGAAGCAAAGAGCUCACGAAAAAGCUGGUUAAACAGUCGCAUAUUUGGACUUGAUUAUCCAGUGUAAAAAGUCUCAUGUCCCAUAUAUACUGUCACACUGAUUUUUUUUUUUCUUUUACAGGUCCAAGCGUUCCAUUCUGACGGGGCAUCAAAGCUUGGUUGCCCCAUCCGCUCCCCCUCUAAGUACAAAAAAGAUAGUUGUUUUUUGUAGUUUUUAAACUAAAAAUAUACGUACUCCUUUUUUUUAAUUGACUGAUUCAUGUAUUUCAUGUUAUCGUCAUGAAAAAGACUUUUAAUUAUAUUUGUUUAACGAAUUAAAAUUAUUUAACGUCAUCAAAAUGUUCCUUUCCACUUUCAGUUUGAUUUUGGAAUUGGCCACUUGAACAAUGGCAUCUUUUUUACUACUGAGUGCAACUCCUUUAAUGCGACCAUCAUCGUAAGGCGGGGUUCUACUGUACUACGACAAGACUACGACCAGAAUCCUUUUCGUUUUUCCGUUCGUAUUUAAAUUUGCCAAUCCCAGCGAGGUUUAAAUAACCAAAGCCGUCAUAGGGGGCGUCUGUACACAGGCUAUAAAGCCGUCAUUUGCAAAAAAUCAAAACUCUGAAGGAUUCUGGUCGUAGCAGUAAAAUGACGUCGUCGUGAAAAUGGCCUAUGUAAAUAUAAAAAAGGCAAAUUGCAAUCGAAGAUCAAGAUGUAGCUAUUAACUUAUCCCUUUUUUUUGUUUGUUUUGUUUCUGAGUAUUCUUGAAGCAUUAUGCAAAAUUACAGUAAAUAUCUAGGUCCAACCAACAUCCUUGGAUUCCUACGGCCGCGCAAUGAUAACACAUUUGUCACAUAUACGUAAAUUUUUGCUUUUUUUCAGUAUUGAUGGUAUUUUCGAGCAAGAAAAUAUAUGCGGAUAAUCUAGGUAGAUUAGCAUCUGAUUUUAAGAUCACAUGCGAAUUAGUUUUAGAUCAAUAUCAGGAGCCCUUUGAUAAGUCAGGGCAAAGGUCCCUGCUCCUAGGAAUAUACUAUGUAGACUAUUAU